AUGGGCAUGAAACAACAAUCUCACAAAACCACUAUUUCUAUUAGAUAUUCAACAAUUCUUACUCUAGCCCUUCUCCUUACCUCGGCUUUUCUCUUCAUUUCUCCACUUAUGCAUGUACAGGAACCUUUAUUGUUUCCUUCUGAGCAAACCUCAUUUAGUGGAGACCUCAGAGAUGCUAAAUUUCCAUGGAACAAACUUUGUUUCGGACCGACUUUUAAGAAGCUAAAACUUGCAGUUUUCUCCAAGACAUGGCCGAUUGGUGCAGCCCCUGGGGGCAUGGAACGACAUGCUUCUACUCUAUAUCAUGCUCUAGCUGCCAGGGGUCAUGAAAUCCAUGUGUUCACUGUGCCAUCAGAUAGGAGACCUCAUUCUGAUGUCCAUGAAGGCAACCUUCAUGUGUAUUUUGCUGCAAAUGAUCAUGGUUCUUUUAGCUGCUCUCUAGCAUUUGAGAUAUUCAACAAGAUAGGCACUGAUGUAGCAUUUGAUUAUGUACAUACAGGGAGUGUUUCAUUACCUUAUUGGAAAGCAAAAAUGCUGCCUCAUGUAGCUGUAACUUGGCAUGGAAUUUGGUAUGAAAUUAUGCACUCCAAGUUAUUUGAAGAGCUAUUUUCAAAUCCAAAUGGGGUUCUUCCAGGCUCUACGACAGAGCUUCAAGAAGCAAUGCCAAGGCUUAUCGACGAGAUCAGAUUCUUCUCCAGUUACCUUUUCUAA